GGGAAGACGAUCUCUUCAAGGUCACGUUGCCGUCGUCUUUUCACGUGGUGACUAUCUAUUUCCCUUUCUAGGCUUUUGAUAUUAAAAGAUGGUCAGGAAAUGCUUAAAAAACAAAAGUAAGCGCGUAACCUGUCACAAGCGAUACAAAAUUAUCAAGAAGGUAAAAGAGCAUCACCGCAAGUUACGUAAGGAAGCUAAAAAGAACUUAAACCGACAUCGAAAGGAUCCUGGUGUCCCUAACAUUCUACCCUUCAAAGAAAGUUUUCUGAAAGAUGUUGCCGAAGCAAAAAUGAAGCUAGAAGAAGCAAGACUUAAAAAUAUAGAGUAUUCUCAAACUUAUAAGUCUCUGAAACAUGAAGAUGUUUCUCACUCAACAGUUCAGCACGAUGUUAAGGACGUUAUAAACCAGUCUGACGUUAUAUUGGAAGUAUUGGAUGCACGUGAUCCAAUGGGUACGCGCUGUUUAGAUAUAGAAGAAACUGUCCUUAAGGAGAAUAAACGUUUGGUUUUGCUCAUCAAUAAGAUUGACCUUGUUCCGCGAUCUAAUCUCGAGGCUUGGGUAAAUUACCUACGCAAAACUCACACGGUCAUAACAUUCAAGGCAAAUACGCAACGCCAGAGUAACCAUCUUUCGUGUGGAAAACCAUAUCUUCUGAAAGAUGGAAAAAUGCCAAGUAAAGGGUUCGGAACUUCUGAAUUAUUGUCUUUGCUUGCAAACUACUCCCGUGAUCCAAGCUCCAGUCUAUCCAACACCAACACUCGUCUUAGUUUGACCGUUGGUGUCGUCGGCCUUCCGAAUACUGGCAAAAGUGCACUCAUAAAUACACUUAAAAGGCAAAAGGUGUGCAUCAGUGGUAAUGUUCCCGGUUUAACACGUCAGUCUCAGCGUGUACGGAUUGACAAGAACCUAUUUCUUCUCGAUACUCCGGGUACCUUGAUUUCAAAGUCAUCUGAUGCUUCAGAUCUUGUGUUAAAAAAUUGUAUGAAACCAGAAAUGCUCCCGGAUCCUGUUCCAGCUGUUGAAGCCAUAUUGCGUCGUUGUUCACAAGCGCAACUGGUUUCUAAGUAUAAUAUUGAAGAGUACAAUAAUGUUUCAGAGUUCCUAGUUAAGUUAGCACACCGUUUGGGUCGAAUGAAAAAGGGUGGUAUUCCAGACACCACCAUGGCAGCGCGUUCUGUAAUUAAUGAUUGGAUUAUUGGAAAAAUCACUUACUACACGGAGCCUCCGUAUGCUGAUACUGUGGAAAAAAAUCUCGAUUUAUCUUUAAAAGACAAUGCAAUGGAUAUCUCUGAAUUUCCGACAAACUAAUAGAUGUAAAUGUUUGGGAGUGUAAAUAUAACAUAUAAUGUAUUUUGCUUUGACUGUUAAA